AAGCCAAAACGGCCAACUUCCUAUAACUCCUAAGCUUCCUAACUCCUAAGCUUGUGGAGCACGUUGUGGCGCGCAAGCACGAGGUCGCUCACAUGGAAUACCAAUCGUCUCCGUUCGCAAAUUUUGAGUUUCUGCGUGUGUUUUAUAUUCCUUCUCCAACCUUCUCACGUCUCUUUGUUGUUUUUUCGUGCCCUUCUUCACGCAAACCCUAAAGUUCCUUUUUUUCAUCGAGCUCAUAGUGCUCGAUCCCCUUAACCUCUCUUUCACCGAUAUCUCUGACUCUUGAAGGUAACAAAAAACUGGACCGAUUUUUUAAUGGCUACGGUUCUGGUCUCUCAAGGAUUCUACUGUAGUUACUUGGGCCCUUCAGAACAUGGGCGGACAUUACAGGAUCUGAGUUGUUCUUGUUCCAUUUCCAAUCUUCAACUAUUAAAUAGUGAUGCACUGUCAUACAAGUUCCUGCACAAGGCAAAGUUUUUGAGGAGCCAGCGGCAGCAAGAAUCUGAUAAGAUUGGCAUUAAUGGCCGGCCUAUCAAGAUGGUAUCAACGAAGAAGUUGAUGAAGACCCAGUCUACUUUCACUCAAAAAAUUGGAACAGGUAGUGUUAGGACUGCUGUGAAUGGCUCGACAAGGGUCCAAAACGGUGAUAGCUUGGUUAAAAGGAAUGAAAUAUUAGACAUUGCUAAGACACCGAAAACGAAAGUGGCUGAUGAUCUCUCCUAUGUAGAUGGGCUAAAAAUUUUUCCUUCAGAUGAAGAUUUCAGCUGGGCAAAUGAAAACUAUAAUGCUUGGCAAAGGACAAUUGACAUUUGGUCUUUUGUUCUUUCCUUACGCAUUCGGCUUCUGUUUGAUAACACAAAAUGGACAUAUUUUGAUGGAUUUACAGAAAGCAAGCAGAAAAAAAGGCGCCAAAUAACAGCUUCAUGGUGUAGAGAAAGAGUUUUGAACCUUGGGCCAACUUUUAUCAAGCUAGGCCAGUUAUCCUCGACAAGAUCUGAUUUGUUCCCUAAAGAGUUUGUUGAUGAGCUUGCCAAGUUGCAGGAUAGGGUGCCAGCAUUCUCACCUAAAAAGGCCAAAGCAUUCAUAGAAAAUGAGUUGGGUUUACCAGUUAAUAUAUUAUUCAGGAACUUUGAAGAUCGACCCAUAGCAGCUGCUAGUCUUGGUCAGGUCCAUCAAGCCAUCCUACAUAAUGGAGAGAAUGUUAUUCUAAAAGUUCAGAGGCCUGGUCUUAAGAGGCUUUUUGACAUAGAUUUAAGGAACUUGAAACUAAUUGCCGAGUAUUUUCAGCAAAGUGAGACAUUUGGAGGACCCACGAGGGAUUGGAUUGGUAUCUAUGAUGAGUGUUCCAAAAUUCUAUAUCAAGAAAUUGAUUAUAUUAAUGAAGGAAGGAAUGCUGAUAGGUUCCGUCGAGAUUUUCGAAAUGUAAAGUGGGUUCGUGUACCGACUGUGCUUUGGGAUUAUACUUCCACGAAGGUGUUGACACUGGAAUAUGUUCCAGGAAUAAAGAUAAAUAGCCUUAGCCAGAUAGAUGCUAGUGGAAUUAACCGCUCGCUGAUUGCUUCACGUGCUAUAGACGCAUAUUUGAUUCAGAUACUGAAGACUGGAUUUUUUCAUGCUGAUCCCCAUCCAGGAAAUCUUGCUAUUGACACGGAUGGAUCACUUAUCUAUUAUGAUUUUGGAAUGAUGGGUGAAAUAAAAUCCUUCACUCGGGAGAGGCUGCUUGACUUAUUUUACUCUGUCUAUGAAAAGGAUGCAAACAAGGUUAUGAGGAACCUUAUUGAAAUUGAGGCACUAAAGCCAACAGGAGACAUGUCAUCGGUGAAGAGGUCCAUACAGUUUUUCUUGGAUAAUCUACUAGGCCAGUCACCCGAUCAGCAACAGACUUUUGCUGCGAUUGGUGAGGAUUUGUUUGCAAUAGCAACAGAUCAGCCUUUCCGGUUCCCUGCCACAUUUACUUUUGUUUUAAGGGCCUUCUCAACUCUUGAAGGUAUCGGAUAUACACUAGAUCCGGAAUUUUCAUUUAUCAAAGUUGCUGCACCUUAUGCAAAAGAAUUACUGGACAUCCGACAAAAGCAACCAACUGGAGCAGAGCUCGUUAAUGAGAUUAGAAAACAAGCUAAUAACGCUAGGGAUUACACAAUGUCAAUGCCAUAUAGAAUCCAGAAAGUAGAAGAGUUCGUGAAGCAACUUGAAUCAGGAGAUUUGAAACUUAGAGUCAGAGUUCUUGAGUCUGAAAGAGCUGCACGGAAAGCCACUAUACUUCAGAUGGCAACUAUUUACACAGCUUUGGGUGGAACUCUAUUCAAUGUUGGGGUUAACUUAAGCAGCCACGGAAAUCAGACUAUUGCAAAUGGAGCUUUCAUUGGUGCUGAUUUUCAACUCCGUUCCACCUUCUACGGCGAGCUUCCUAAGCCUUCUCCAUAUGCUACCUCUGCAAUAUCUUCUCCGGGGAGCUACCAGAGCUUUCGCCUGAGUCAAUCCACCACGAGCCGCGACUAUAACUUUCCCACGAAUUUUAAUGGCUCUCACUCGCAAAUUUCCCUCGUCUCUAUUCACAUGUAGAUUGUUUUAUUGUGUUGCAAGUUGCAACUCGUGCAGUACGUAUACUCUUCUUGGAUUGUUUUGAUGUUCUGAAUGCAUAUGAACAGUCCCUUUAGCAAAAUGGUUGACAAAUGAGCGCUCCUAUCCUGGAAAUGAGGAGCAUUGAGCUGAUUUUUUACAAAACUGCAUCGUUUGAGUUGUGAAUCACAUGUGGAGAUCAUUACAUAACAAAGUAAUUUGCUUUGCUUAACAAUGCCGUUGUGUUAUGACA